GAUAUGGUGAUGUCAGUCAGAAUGGCUCCUCCUCUUCCUCUGAUCUUUCUGCUCAUGAUUCACGGAGUUUCUAGUGCUGGUUGGGGUGUGAGUUACAGUCCUUCACACAUCUGUGCACUAAAGGACUCAUCAGUGAUAAUGAACUGCACUUAUACAUACCCUACUGGAUAUAAGAUCGAGAAAGUGUUCUGGACAAAAACACUGGAAAAAGUUAAUGGAGAGCAUCCAGAUCUGUCUAAUGACACUGAAUACAGUCAGAGGCUUGAGUAUCUGGGAGAUAAACAGCAGAACUGCACCAUCAGACUGAGUCAUGUGACACUGAACGAUUCACGCAUGUACUAUUUCAGAUUCAUCACUGAUAAAGACAAAUGGCUUGGUAAACCAGGAGUGACUCUUAAUGUUACUCUUUCUGUCACAGAUCUUCAGGUGGAGUCUCCUGAGAGAGUGACAGAGGGAGAUUCAGUCCGUCUGACAUGUAAAAGCAGCUGCACUCUGACUGACAGAGCAACAUUCAUCUGGUACAGAAACUCACAGCCAUUAACUGAGAGAAGAGACAGAAACAAUGAACUCCUGCUGCAGUCAGUCAGAAGAGAGGAUGCAGGCAGAUAUAGCUGUGCUGUACACGGACACAAUCACAUCUCUCCUGCUGUUCAGCUCAAUGUCAUGUACCCUCCAAAGAGCGUCUUGGUGUCCUUCAGUCCAUCUGGUGAAAUAGUGUCAGGAGAUUCAGUGACUCUGAACUGCAGCAGUGAUUCAAACCCUCCUGCAGAAAUCAGCUGGUUUAAAGGAGGAACGUUUGUAGGAUCUGGAAGAAUCUACAGCAUCUCAAAGAUCAGCUCUGAUGACAAUGGAGAAUACAAGUGCAGAUCCAUCAAUGAUCAUGGAGAGAAAUACUCUGAUGCUGUGACUUUAAACGUCAUGUACCCUCCAAAGAGUGUCUCAGUGUCCAUCAGUCCAUCUGGUGAAAUAGUGUCAGGAGAUUCAGUGACUCUGAACUGCAGCAGUGAUUCAAACCCUCCUGCAGAAAUCAGCUGGUUUAAAGGAGGAAAGUUUGUAGGAUCUGCAAGAAUCUUCAACAUCUCAAAGAUCAGCUCAGAUGACAAUCCUCCCAGGAAUGUCUCUGAUGACAAUGGAGAAUACAAGUGCAGAUCCAUCAAUGAUCAUGGAGAGAAAUACUCUGAUGCUGUGACUUUAAACGUCAUGUGUUACUCUGUUGCACUGUGGAAUGUCUCGGUGUUGAUAAACAGAUCUGGUGAAAUAGUGUCAGGAGAUUCAGUGACUCUGAUCUGCAGCAGUGAUUCAAACCCUCCUGCAGAAAUCAGCUGGUUUAAAGGAGGAAUGUUUGUAGGAUCUGGAAGAAUCUUCAACAUCUCAAAGAUCAGCUCUGAUGACAGUGGAGAAUAUCAGUGCAAUUCCAGAAAUCAACAUGGAGAGAAAUACUCCGCUGUGAAUUUAACCAUAAUGUACCCUCCAAAGAGCGUCUUGGUGUCCUUCAGUCCAUCUGGUGAAAUAGUGUCAGGAGAUUCAGUGACUCUGAACUGCAGCAGUGAUUCAAACCCUCCUGCAGAAAUCAGCUGGUUUAAAGGAGGAACGUUUGUAGGAUCUGGAAGAAUCUACAGCAUCUCAAAGAUCAGCUCUGAUGACAAUGGAGAAUACAAGUGCAGAUCCAUCAAUGAUCAUGGAGAGAAAUACUCUGAUGCUGUGACUUUAAACGUCAUGUAUCCUCCCAGGAAUGUCUCGGUGUUGAUAAACAGAUCUGGUGAAAUAGUGUCAGGAGAUUCAGUGACUCUGAUCUGCAGCAGUGAUUCAAACCCUCCUGCAGAAAUCAGCUGGUUUAAAGGAGGAAUGUUUGUAGGAUCUGGAAGAAUCUUCAACAUCUCAAAGAUCAGCUCUGAUGACAGUGGAGAAUAUCAGUGCAAUUCCAGAAAUCAACAUGGAGAGAAAUACUCCGCUGUGAAUUUAACCAUAAUGUACCCUCCAAAGAGCGUCUUGGUGUCCAUCAGUCCAUCUGGUGAAAUAGUGUCAGGAGAUUCAGUGACUCUGAACUGCAGCAGUGAUUCAAACCCUCCUGCAGAAAUCAGCUGGUUUAAAGGAGGAACGUUUGUAGGAUCUGGAAGAAUCUACAGCAUCUCAAAGAUCAGCUCUGAUGACAAUGGAGAAUACAAGUGCAGAUCCAUCAAUGAACAUGGAGAGAAAUACUCUGAUGCUGUGACUUUAAACGUCAUGUACCCUCCAAAGAGUGUCUCAGUGUCCAUCAGUCCAUCUGGUGAAAUAGUGUCAGGAGAUUCAGUGACUCUGAACUGCAGCAGUGAUUCAAACCCUCCUGCUCUGAACUUCAGCUGGUUUAAGGAGAAUGAAAGCUCAGCUGUUGGAUCUGGACAGAGUUUCAGUGCACUACAGAGUGGACGCUUCUACUGUCAGGCUCACAAUCAACAUGGAUCUCAGAGAUCAGACGCUGUAACUGUGACUGUUAAAGGUAGAGCAGCUCAUAUACUUACAUUACUCUUUCUAAAGUGAAGAAAAUGAAUCUGUUCAGAUGUUUUACUCUUUUGUAGGACAUCUUGUGAUAUUAUACAUAUCCAUUGGAGUGGUUUGUGGAGCUGCAGUGAUCAUCAUGAUGCUGGUUUGGGGAAUCAAGUGGAUGAAAAAUAGAAAUGACACACAGGAGUCUCAGAUGGUUCAUUCCAGACCUCAUCAUGACGAUGUUGAAUUGAGUGAAUCUGUGUUUGAGAAUCCAACGGCUGAUCAACUUGAUGUAAACCUGAACUGAACUCGUCUGUGUAUGAAAAUCUUCCACAUAACAACAAGAGGCUGUAAUGUUUUGAACACAGCAAAUAAAUUACAGCCUUUAUGCAUCUCUUUGUGGGCGGAGCCCUGAAUGAUUGACAGGAGAGCCGUGAUGACACGUGACUGAAGUAAUUUGGUAUCAUUUUAUAGAUGGAUGGGCAAAAAUGGUAAAUGGUUAAUGAAUUGAUGUAAAAGUGUGUGAUCACCGAAGUGUGUUUUUCUUUAUGCUUUGUAUCACGUAUAAAGCUUACUUCAUUUAGAUUAUUAAUGUUUUUAACCUUAAAUAUUGUUUCAAAUAAAAUGCAGAAAAAAAAUGUUAGGAAGAAUAUGUUUUGCUUCGUUUGUCCUUGAUCUCUUAUCCUGUUUUUUUUAAGUCCUUCUUUUGCUGUUUUUAAUUUGUUGUAGUCACGCACACCUUUAAGGAGUAUCUUGUCAUUUCCUAUAAGAGCCACACUGUUCUUUUCAAGCCUAUAAGCAGUUAUUGAUGCCUUAAUGCUUCUUUGAUAUGGAUGAUGAGACCAUACAUGAAUUUAGCUUUCCUUUGUUUUCAGUUGACCUAAUGCCCUGCUAUAUAUGAGUUACAGCGAGCUCAAUAAACUUUGACUUUGAGUGAACAGCA